AUGCUUCAAGGUGCCCGCUUAACAAUACCUCUCGGCCUGCUUCUGCCUCUUUCACUCCUUUGCACUGCUCAGCCUUACCUUGCCCGCUCCCAGGUUCUCGCCGCCCGAGGUAGUGAUCCCAAAGCCACAGACGAACCCAUCCCAGGCGGACCUGUGAACGACCAUCUCCCCGCUCAGAUCGGCGGUAUAAUCGGAGCAUACGCAGCUUCGCUGGUGCUGGUCGCCCUCACACUGGUUGCUCUGUCAAAGAAGCGUCGCCACCAUAUUGCUGCCGGAAUCGACGAAGUCGAGUUUGCGAAACAAGAUAUCAUCCCGGAUUUUGCAUCCAAGCCCGGCGUGCCAUUGAACAUCAUCACCGAGGCCUCUUUCAUCCAGCCUCACUUCAAGAACAGCACCGACACCAACAGCCCGAACCCAUACAUCCACCCAUCGCCAGACUCAACCGUCGGCGCACCCGGUACCAACCCAUUUGUUGAUCAGAGAGUCGUGGCAGCAGACAGAGUCAUGGCUCAGUCACAGCUCGAAGAUAUGUACCGACACGUCCUGGAGGCCGAAGACGCCAAGAAGCGAGGAGUUGCCUAUGAUCCUCUCCCGCCCACCACCGCCCACCAGCGAGGUCCCUCGACAGCGGCCUCGAUCCUGUCUCUUAGGUCUGCAGCGUCAUCGCCAUCCAAGAAGGAAAGGACCAAGCCUGCCAACCUGGACCUGAAUGCCUCUCGUGAGGAGAAGAGCCGGUCAAGGACUUCCUCACUCCUCUCGGCCCUCCGAUCACCAAAGAAGAAGUCCAUGAAGGGUAUGAACAUCUCAUCUCCUAUCAUGACACCCCAGUCUACCGAGUUUCCCCGCCACGAGUCGCAAGAGAUGAGCACGAUUCCGCCCCGCCACUACGCCCCGGCCGCACCACCUCCGGUCCCCACCGACCAGGCUCCGUAUCCGGCACCGGCCUCGACUCACGUGUCUCCGCCGACCCCCGACAUCUCACCCGAGAGCGUCCAGUCCAUCGAUGAGCGUAUCGGAUCACAGCUUCCUCCUGUUGGCCACGGUCGGAAUGAGUCGCUAGCACCUACCGAGCACGAACGCGAACCCGAGUCCGCCACUUCGGAGCACUCUCAGGCGCCGCUGGUCGGCCUCCCUUCGUCUCCCAAGCCCGGCUCCCGGUUCCCGUCUAACGUCUCUCUUCCGUCCUUGCCUUCAUCGCCUAAGCCUGGGUCGACAUUCAACCGCUCCAACACACCCGCUUCAGCCGUCCGCGCCGGUGGUGCCCUGCCCCUGCGUGCCUAUGAACCUGCCAUGGCCUCACCCAACAGCAUUACUCAGACCACCAAGCAGACAGUGUUCGAGAGAAAGGGACCUCUGUCGCCUGGUGGAGGCAUCACCCCUCGCACCGCUGGUGCAGUCCCAUACUCUCCUUACCAGCCCUUCACACCCUGCAUGCCGAUGACCCCAUCGCUCGUUACCAAGGAAGACCGAAAGAGGAUGAAGCGUAUGGUUCCCAAGACUCCUACUCUGGAGAUGGUGAAGAGCGCCGAUGAUAUUUGGUAA